AUGGACCCUCAAGCCCAGCCGCACCUGCAGCAGCAGCAGCCGCCGCCGCAACCGCAGCCGCCGCAGGAUCCUCCCGAGUUCAUUCUCGACGUCUUUGCCGACCCGCGAUCUGUCCGAGACGUCGUCAAAGGCAUCCUGCAUACCAUCUUCUUCACGCGCUUCUUCCCCUCCCUCGCUCCCCGCACGCGCGAAGUCCUCGACCUCACCCUCCCCUACGUCGACGAUGACGAGCUCGAGACUAUGAUCGACCAGCGCGCCGCCGCCCUUGAGCGCCAGCUCGACGCCCAGCGCAAUAGCAACACCCACAGCCACAAUCACAAUCACAACCACAACCACAACCACAGCAGCGGGAGCACAAGCGGCAGCGCCGGCACCACCGGCGGCGGCGGAGGCAGGGGCCAGGUCACGGUCCAGUUCUUCGAGAAGAAGCGCCGAAAGGCCUGGCUCUCGCGCGGAGACGAAGAGGUCUGCUGGGAGUGCUGGACCGUCAAAGUCACCGUCGCCGAGCCGCGCACAGAGAGCGAACGCGCCAAGGUCCGCCGCGCCAUGGAGCAGACGCUCUUCACCACGGCCAUGAAGAUCGUUACGUUUGCCAACUCGCACAAGGACCACAUCCCCCCGAUAACCUCGCAGGGCGGCAACCCGUUCCCCUUCAAGAUCACCGUCGACCAGCAAAAGGAGACGGGCUGGGCCGCCCGCAUGCGCAUCUACUAA